AUGUCACAUUCUACAAUGCCUACUCCUAUAAAUCUAACCAUCAAAGGCCUGCAGGAUCAGGUAUCCGAAUUACAAGAAAUUAUAGAAGGAAUUGGGAACAAAAAAACAACGUCGCAGAUUUCAGUUAGUGUACCUGCUAAAGAGAAUAAAGAUGAAGAAUUAGCGAAGAUGCACUCACUCGUCAUUGAGAAUGAAAAAUUGAAUUAUCGCAUUGGGCAUUUAUUGCGUGCUUUGGAUGCGAAAGAUCAAGAGAUUCGGGAAUUUAAAAAAUUUGAAAGAGCAAUGUUUGGCUCUAGAGGGAGACGAUUCUAA